GUUGAGAAUUGAGAUUGAGACAAUGAGUCAGUGAGAAAGUGCAGUUGUGUUAAGGAUGAUCAAGGCUCAGGAUUUGAAGUUCCCUUCUUUUGGAGUUGAUCUGUCUUGUCAACGAUUAAACAACAAGUGAAGUAGCGAUCAAUUCAGGAGUGAAAUAAGUCUUCUUUAAGGAUGUCCUUAGACUUACCGGGAGUCUGGUUUGAAGAGCCUGUUGGAUUGCCUUCAGCAGGUGAAGAGGACAAUGCUGAAGCCAUGGCCAGAUUUCUUUACUCGCUGAAUGUGAACGCCCAACCGGUCUCGGUGGCUUAUGCUACGGCUUUGAUUUUGGCCAUCUCAUUGGCCGUUGCGGCCCUAGGAGCAAUAGCAACAUUUGCUAUAUCUGGAUCCAUGGGAGAAAAUCAAAACUCGGAUAGCUCACAAGGACAAAACCAGGGAGGCUAUUCGGGCAGCACACACACAGAAAAGGUUUCCCAAGCUCAACCUCAUCUGGAUGUUACCAUUGAAGACUCUCAAACGGCCCGAAAUGCCUUGAAAGUACUUAAAGCCAUUGACGAAGCUAGUGAGAAAAUCAAUAACCUGGAGACAGGCACCCUGGAAAAAGCCUUUUAUAUGCAGCUUCAAGCUUGCAUCCGGAUUGCCAACGAUAUUAGUCAUACUGAAGAGGAUAAGAACAUUUUGCUUUUGGAAUGCUACAAGAUGAUGGAAGAAGAGCCCGAUUCUCCUGAGUAAAGAAGUGAUCUCAAUAGCCAACCUGAAAGCUAGGGUUGGGCGGGUUGGGCCCAUUGGGAUUGACCAAAUGAGUGCCGCCAAUGUGACCAAUGAGUGUGUGUGAGCAAACCGUCAGGAGUCAGUACAAGGUCAUUCUAAUGAGAAGAAUAAAUGUUUGCACAAGAAUGGAGCGACGUGAGCAAAUAGCCUUUGUUUCGGCACUUGGGACAAGUCGAUGUCGUCGUGUUAUGUUUCGUGUUCCAAGUGCCAUUUCAAGUAACUCGUAGAUUUUACGACACUCACACCUCGUUCCAAUGGACCUGGUCUCAGUAGUAAUUGAACUUGACCAAUAUAGGUCCAAGCGUGGUCAUGUUUCAAUUCACCAUUAUGUUUGGGUCAUAUGAAUAUAGAAUGAAGGUUUGAAACAUAUUUUC